GACUCUAGAGCGCAUGUGCAUAGUAAGGCUAACGGGUGACGCAUACGGCACAUGCACUGUCGCCCAAUUUGCCUCGCUCUCCGCUCGUGGGGUCACGGUCAAAGGUUUUCAUUCCGCCGGAGGCGCGUUUGUCGUUUCCAACGCUGGAUUCGCGAACUGAUGGUUUAUCGAGUGUAGCUGAGUUCCAGUUCGGCGCGGUUUCCUCGUGAGUGAAACCUUUCUUCGUUUGCGGCUUCUUACUUCCAGGAGGGAACCCAAUUUCUGGGCAGAAAAAUGACUGGCAACUCACCACAAAUACAAAUCUGUCCCUACUGCAAAAAGCAGUUUAAACGUCUCAAGUCUCACCUGCCUCACUGUAAGAUGGCAGGUAGUGAAGAUUCAAGAGAAGCUUUGCCUCUUCUCAGAAAAGCCUGUGAUUCUGCUACAUCUGAGCAGCUAAGUACUGAGAAAAAGACACAGCAAAUCAGAAGCUUAGAAACUCCUCCCAAAGAAGAAAGCAAAAAGAGUAAAACUGACUUGGUAACAAAGAAUGGAAGAAAAAAAAAUAUUGGAGUAACUGGAACAGUUGUAAACAGCAAUCUGGCAGAAGACAAAGAUACAGAAAAGAAAAUUAAAAGUGCUAGUGAAAAAUUUCCCCAAACAAAGGAAAAUAAACAAAAAACUUCAGAAGAGCUUUCAGCACCAGUAGAUAAAAGGCUGUUUCCAAAAAUAAGUCUUCCAGAGAAGUUAUCCACAGUCGAAAAAACCACUAGAGCCUCUUUACCUAAAGAAGAGAUUAUACCUGAUCUUAGGUUAGAAUCACUGACACAAAGUAGAAAAGCCACUUCAGAAUCACAUCAGAAACCCUGUGCAAAACAGAAGCAGAACAUAGAGUCACUUGGAGAGCAGCGUGUGUCCCUUUCAACAAAUAAUUUCAUUGAGAGUCUUCAACCAAUUAAUCAAGGUCUUGGUGGCAGAAUAGAACAAAUCACUACCUCUCAUCAUGUGACAGCAUUAGAAAACAGAUGUGAAUCCUCUGGUCAUAAUAGAUUGUCAAAUGAAAAUAUGCUUGAUAACAGUAAGACAGAACAGUGGCCUCUGAAAUCAGGGUCAGAAGGAGCAAACAUUGCUUCGGCCAACAGGCAGCAAAUUAUUACAGGCAAUGUGGACAAGAAGAACAUUUUAGAACUUGAAAGAAAUGUCAAAAGUGGAAGCACAGAAAAUGACAUGUUCUCAAUUAAAACAUGCACAUCACAGGACCGCGUUGUUGUAGACAGCUAUGGAAAGGUUAUCAGAGGUCCAGUCCACUUGCUUAAAAUUCCUCUGGCAGAAAAGAACCUAAAGGAUAUCAAACCUGGGGGUCUGCCCCAGGGGAUACUUGGAGCAACAUUCAGAGCCUGGAAUGGAUAUUUGAACAGGAACAUCAAUGUGAAAAAGUAUGGAUUGCCUGGGAUUUCUCUGCUGCUGCUGGGCUUGUGUACCCUUGGCUAUGCCUGGAGAUAUGAUCAUAUUAAAUUUAAGCGGAGGAAAGGUCCGGAUGAAGAUGCAACAGUAUAAAUAUUACACAUUUGCGUACUGCUCAGUCAUGCACCUUACCUUGGAUCUGGUCAGUAAAGUGGACAUUAUCUGUACUGGAGAAGUUACAUGAAAAUAUUUUGACUAGUAACUUGGCAUCUCUUUAGAAAAGAUAAUCUCCCAUGGUAUGGACAUUUUUUUGUUGAUAAAAAAAAUCUCUAAUCCUGAUUUUUUCUGGGCAGGAUCUGUCUGUUUUGUACCAUUUGCAGUGUUAUUUGCGAUUUCUUUUGACCUGUGGAAUGCAAUUAGAGGAGAAGGUGCUCUCUGGGAUGUCCUCUGCCACCUGGGGCCUCUGCAAGUGCUGGGAGUGGAAGAGUACAGUGGGCCAGGUCCGGGAGAUGGUCUCAGUGGACCUUAGUGGGGGAAGACAAGACAUCCCACUAAGGGUACAUUAGGGCUUAUUUUCUUCCCUGUCCUGUUAAAUAUUUAUGUGAAACUGCUGAGAGAGAUCCUCCGUUGGUUUGGUAAAGAUGACAUCAGUGUACUGAUGAGCCAUAGCUCUUCAUUACACUGGAAGCUUAACUGGGGAGCUGUGGAAGUCCUGAUUUAAAUGGAACAAAGCUGACUGAAUUGAAACCUAACAAGACAGAGUUCCUGUUCUUUUCAUUUAUUGUGAGGUAGGUGGUUCCUUAUAGCAGCUGUCCCCAACCUUUGUGGUUUGGCAGGCCGACACAAUGCACAUGCAGCCCUUGUACGAGCAGUGGGCCAGUGUGCAUGUGAAUACUCACCAGCUCACCGCUCGUGCAAGUUGAGCUGCUUGCACCUGCGAGCUCCAGCCAGCCAUUCACGUGGCCCAAUUCUGAAUAGGCCAGGUUGGGGACCCCUGCCUUAUAGAGCCAGGCUGUAAGCCCUUUUUAGCUUUGAAUUCUGAAACCAAUUUUUUGAACCUGAUAUAUGUAGAAAAUAAUUACUAAGAUCUUUAUAUUCUAGAGUAAUCUUCAUUGUUUUCAUCUAGCUGCUACAGACUGAACUUUCCAGAUACUUUACAGGUAUAGUUGUAUAUUUGGUAUUUUGCAAUGGCCUCAGUAAUAUGUAUCCAAAAUGUAACUUUGUUAAAAAAUCAGACUUUUUUUAGGAGUGGCUAUUGUGCAAAUACAGACCUUACUAUUGCUGUCCCCUUGAAAGUCCAGUCACAACACUGAAUCAAAGAACAUUCCUGUCUGUGCUUUAGCAGUAGCACAACUUCCAUCUCAAAUAUUCCAAAUCAAGAGUGUCAAGCCAAACUUUCACCUAACCAUCAGCAUUGACAUUUUGUAGAAUUCAUUUCAGUUUGUUCUUUAAUUCAGUGUACUAUUUUGCUCAGGCAUCCUGUCAGCCACUUCCUUGUAUUAAAUCUUGAAGAACGAGGUAAUACUAGCGCCCAGCAGCUUCUUGUAGCCAUCAAAUAAAAUAUCUUCCAGAGGAUUGUCUUGUUUUCAACCAACUAAAGUGUGAAUUGCAAUGGUUAGCCCAGCUGAAAUGGGUUCAUUUCAUGGGUUCAUUUUAGCCCAAAUAUUAGUAUAAUUCAGCUAAAGAUUUGAGACAGGUGUGUUUGGGGAAGCAUGGAAUCAUCUCCAGAUACAGAAAAGGCAUCAUUUGUCAUUGUAUUUGAAGGUAACACACAAGAUACAGGGGAAGCUGUGCCGCAUGCACAAUUUUGCAUUCUAGCACUUUAUUACCACCUACCAUCAGGCCCAUUACUUGCUUUCUGCUCAGUUGUCAAAGUGCAUCAAUGUUAGCACCAGCGAGCAUCUUAAAAACAAAGCAGUGCGUGUUUGUCACAAAAUUUGGCCUGUAAAGCACAAUAUUUGGUUGCCUCUCUGACUACUUGACUGGUCAGGUUUUCUAAUGUCGGUGUAUGAUUCAU